AUGGAAAAUCGGGCGCAGCGCGUGGACAACGCGUUGCAACAGCUACUCUUCCGAUUGAUACCUUGGAACCAGGACGACGAUGAAGCAGUCGAAGACCAGCGCUUCGACGAGGCAUUGCAAGCUGCAAGACAAACAUUAGAUGAACAACCUUCCUCGGCUGCGGCAGACGAUGUACACCAUGCCGCCGACCUGAUCAGACAAAAGCUGGUACACGAAAACAGCCGACCGGACAAGGCCCUUCACUUCUCAAACCUCUAUUCGCGAUUGCUCAGCCAGCCUGUUCUCGACAGAAAAUGGGCCAUUCUAUACUUCUUGUACCGAUUGUCCGACUCUGAGCCAGGAGCAGCACCGGAUGCCGCUCCCUCGCCUACCCCUCGCCCGCAACCUCCCUUGCGACAGCAGAGCAGUGAUGCCCCCGCCUUCAACGAUGCCUUUUCCCGCAAUGGUCUACCCAGAGUACCCAAUCCUGAGGACCCAGAGCCUGUGCGACUGCCACAAUCUAGAGAAAGAAUGCCAUUACGCGCAUCAACUCGAUCAGUAGAAGCAUCGCCAGAACCAACAGCUUCCGCAAACCCGCUCGAUGCGCCGACGGAAGCCCAAUUGCUUCGCGAUUUGCCAUUCACAUUACAAGGUCUCUCUUCGACUAAUCUUGCAUUCUCCGAGUCUUCGCUCAAGCUUCCUGCGACAUUAUCUGUACCGAUCAUCAGUUUACUACACACACUCGCGGAGCCCUCGCUGUUGUACCGGAGUCUGUCAGCAUUCGUCGAGUCUUCAAAAGGUGGAUUAGUGGGUCAGAGUUUACGUUCUGCAAUUGGUGUUGAGCUGAGAGCAUAUCUUGGUCUGGUGGCUACUCUUGAAGCACAGAUCAGAAGAGCAUUGACACAACUACAAGAAUCUCCUGGGAACGUUGGCCUGGGAAAAGCUGGCGUUACGCUAAAACGAUGUGUUGUUUGGACUCGUGAGGCUACCAUGGGUUUGAGGCUCAUGAGUAUGAUUGUUGAGGAAGCAAAAGAGAAGAAAGGAGGAGAGCUGAUAUCACUCAUCCACUCUUACGCCUCAUCACAUGGAGACCCGUUCGUCUACACAUUCGCUGAGCGACUGCUGAUCCAUGUUACGCGACCUUUCUAUACCAUGCUGCAACACUGGAUUUACGAUGGCGAGCUUGAAGAUCCUUUCCUAGAAUUCUUCGUCUACGAAAAUCGCGAUGCCGACAUGGAAUCUGACCCCCGUCGCGGUGGUGCAACAAGCGUCUGGGAGGACAAAUACCGUCUCAAAGACAGCAUGAUACCGACUAUUAUCACACAGGAUUUCGCCAAGAAGGUUUACCUGAUUGGCAAAUCGCUCAACUUCAUUCGCUAUGGCUGUGGUGAUUCGGCCUGGGUUGAGAACCAUAGCAAGAGCUCUAUGCGAGAGCUUCGUUAUGGCGACACAGCCACCCUUGAGUCGUCUAUCGAUUCGGCUUACAAGGGCACCAUGGCCCGUCUGAUCCACCUCAUGGAAGAUAAGUUCAAAUUGUUCGAGCAUCUUGCGGCUCUCAAGAAGUACCUACUGCUAGGACAGGGUGACUUUGUUGCCUUGCUCAUGGAGUCGCUAUCUACGAACCUCGACAGGCCGGCCAACAGCCAGUACAGACACACGCUCACUGCUCAACUCGAGCAUGCUAUCAGGAACAGUAACGCUCAAUACGACUCUCCUGAUGUUCUCCGCCGUCUCGAUGCUCGUAUGCUUGAGCUGUCUCAUGGCGAAAUCGGCUGGGACGUCUUCACUCUUGAAUACAGAGUUGAUUCACCGCUGGAUGUCAUUGUCACACCAUGGGCCUCGAAGCAAUAUCUCAAGGUGUUCAACUUCCUAUGGCGUGUCAAGCGCGUCGAGUUCGCACUAGGAAGCACAUGGCGAAGAACAAUGACUGGUGCUCGUGGUGUGCUAGGCGCUGUCGGCGACAAAGUUGAUGGAGAUUGGAAGAAUGCACGAGGUGGCAUCGCAGAGAUGAUCCACUUUGUCUCUCAACUCCAACAUUACAUCCUCUUCGAAGUCAUCGAAGCUGGCUGGGAAGGACUUCAAAAAGCCAUGCGCACUCCCGACGCAACUCUCGACACCCUAAUCUCAGCCCACAAAGCAUACCUCACAAGCAUCACUAGAAAAGGUUUACUAGCACCUUCAGGCACUCAAGCCCACUCAUCCACAGCACCGGACUUUACAGCGCAAUUGCACGAAUUGCUCAAACUGAUGCUGGCGUAUAAAGACGCAGUCGACAGUCUAUACUCCUACUCGGUAGCAGAAUUCACACGCCGUCAAGACCUCGCUGCCAAAAUUGAAACCCGCACCGCAGCAGGCACCUGGGGCGUAACCGAAAAAGACGAUGCCGACCUGGGAUCUUCCCACAUGAGCGGCGCCCACCGCAGCACCCGCCGUCCCGACCGCGACAAUGAUUCCCCCAUCCCCCCUCUGCUUCCUCUUUCCAACACAGGCAACACAGCGGCAGACGAAGCCGCUAUCCUCUCUUCUCUACGAGGCAGAUUGCAAUCUCUGGCUUCGGACUUUAGGGUCAGGGUUAAUAUCUUGCUUGGGGAUUUGGCGUAUCAGCCGGAUGUGGAUAUGAGGUUUUUGGGUGUGGUUAUGAAUUUCAACGAUGUUUAUACGCCGGUUAGACGGGGAGGGAGGAGGAGACAGGGGACCGCUGCUGGUAAUGCUGCUGGUGGUAGAGAACAGGAGAGGGAGGGAGUAGAUAAGGGCAAGCAGAGGGAGAAGGGAAAGAGGACUAGAGAGGACGAAGCGAAUGGGGGUGCUUCUUCCAAGGAAGCUUGAUUGGGAUUCUUGAUGGCGUUUCUUUUGGUAUUGAACACUUCGAGGGGCUGGGAUUUGCAGAGUGGAUGGUUCGUCCAAGCAUAAUGAUACAUCUCCGUUGAGCAAUGGAUAUCAAGAAGCUGCCAGAGGAAUGCAAAGUGAAGUUUCAAUUCGUUCCUUCACGUCGUCAUUUCUGGAUCUCAAUACACCACCUCACACAUCAACAAAAUUCUUGCGUUUUGAUAACAUGCAACAUCAGAGUGCCUGUCGAUGGGAAGGUACGACCCAAUGCCCGAAAGACGUCGACAAGGGGCAAAGAGAUCACAGCAGACUCAAGCUCUCAUCCUAUCAG